UUUCAUUUACAUCUCAUACAACAUAUUUCAUGUCCAGAUUCAUUCGAAACAACAAAUUCAAAAAACCGACUUGUGUUGAUUUUUGUGUGUUUUGUUGAGAUUUAUUUUAUGUAAAUAUGCAGGAUUAUUUCAGUUCUUUCGGAGCCUUUAAUACUAAUCUAGUAAUUCUCAGUUAUAUUAUAGAAAAGGAAUUGUUGCCAUGGAUCUUCACGAUUUUGGUUCUCACUUUCUUUUUAACAGCUUCACUUAUGAUAGACCAAUAUUACCGAUUUUGGAAUCGAAGAGGAGUGAAACAAAAAUACACAUUCCUAUUCACAGAUGAUAUGACAAUGAGGUUGCUUAAAAAACAAUCUUUCGGUGAUAUGUUGACAGAUAUAUACUAUAGGUUUUCCGGAACAAGGUACAUCGGAUUUUACCAGUUCCACAAACCGAUAUUGCUGGUGAAAGAUCCGCAUCUGAUUAGGAAUCUAUGUAUUACAAAUUAUCGCAUUUUUAGAGAUCAUACAAGGAUUUUACCAUUCAGAUGUGAUCCUUUUUGGAACAAGACAAUAUUCGCUCUUAAAGGUAAAAAAUGGAAAAAAGCCCGUCAACAGCUCAUGCCCUUAUUCAAUGGGAGAAACAUGAGAAACAUGUACGAAACUACAAGGUCAUAUGCCUAUGACUUCACCAACUCUUUGGUGCCGAUUCAAACCAAGGUCCUCGAAGCUGAUUUUAAGGAACUUUUCUCAAAGUUUUCAACAGAACUGACUGCUAGGGUGGUCUACGACAUACACAACAAGUCGUUCAAAAACGUCAGCACCUCAUUUUACACGAAACUUCGAGAUUCGAACGAAAAUUUUGGUGCCAGGAGGUUCAUAAGGAUUUUUCUGAGUCAAAUGUGCCCCUGCAUUGGGAAGCUCCUGAACGUGAGCAUCUUCAGCACAGACCUGAGUAUCUUCUUCAGUAAGGUAACCCACAACAUCAUGCGACACAGAGAGCGUUUUGGAAUCGAAAAAAUGGACCUGAUCUCCCUUCUGAUGAAUACAAGAAACAGAGAAGGACGCAGGGAUUUUAUGCGCUUCAUUGGCGAGACUGAUCCUGAAGAGGUCGAGGAAGAUAUGACAGAAGCCGAUGAAGAUUUGACAGAAGAAACCAUAGUGGCACACGCCAUGACUUUUUUCUAUGCCGGGUUUGACGUUAUUUCGACAGUGUUGUCAUUUUUAUUCUAUGAACUAGCCUUGAAUCCCGAUAUCCAGAGAAGACUGUUGAAAGACCUGGAUGCUUGGAGGAGUGCAGACAACAUUGAUCCAUACAAAUCUUUAUUUGGUAUACAAUAUCUUAGUAUGGUAAUAUCAGAAACCUUGAGAAAAUGGCCACCCUGCUACUUCACAGAGAGAUGCUGCAACGAAACUUGGAUUAUAAAAAAGAGGUGGGCAAACGAGAGAAAUGCUUGGUUGCUAGAUGGCGACGCUGUAUGGAUUCCAAUCUGGGCAAUACACCGCGACCCUAAACACUGGUGGCAACCGGAAGUGUUCGAUCCUGAACGUUUUUCCCCUAACAGCCAUAAAACCAUAGAACCUGGCACCUUCAUUCCUUUCGGUGUUGGUCCAAGAACAUGCUUGGGAGAUAAAUACUCGUUAAGUCAGAUUAAAAUAGUCGUUAGCGAAAUUUUGGCACUGUUCGAGGUCGUUCCAACCAACAAAACUCCCAAAACCAUAGAGCUGAACCAUAGAACCCUGAAUUUAUCUCCCAAAGAUGGCCUCUGGUUGGGACUCAAAAAGAGAUUUAUGUAAAUGGUUGAAAACUAUGGUAGUUUUCAUUUUAUAUAUUUCGAUAUAUCUUUUAUUUUUGUAUUUGUUAUGUUAGUAGUAAGCUAUGAACAAUUAAUAAUCGAGUUGUUGAUAAUUAAAUGGAUCAUAUCUUUGA